AUGUACCUUAACCAAGAACAAGUAAGUUUUCAAUCACUAAUGCUCCAGAAAAUGUUAGUUCCAGCUUGUUCGCCUGCAACACGUUCUUUUCCGGAAAGAAUUACAAAUUCACAACUCGCAAGCAGUGUACUACAAUGAGUGGAUUGCCAAGUUCCCAACCAUUCGGACGACACUCGCAGAUCUUCUGAAUUUUCUUUACAAAAUCUUCGAGUGAGUUCCAAUUCUUUCUUUCAGUUCGUACUAUCUAACAUUUCAGAAAGAACGAUAUACCAGUGCGUGAGUCAUUUUUGAUCGGAGGAGCUGCAUCCUCUGUGAUUGUCCCAGAAUACUCAUCCACUGACUACGACAUUCUUUUCAAAGUACAAGCCACUGACGAUUUCAUCGAAAAACAAUUUAUUUCCGAAAAAAUCAAAUGUGCAAUUGAUGAAGCGCUCAAGCUUAUUCUUAAGUCGGCAUUCCCUCAUCUUCCACCGGCCACGUGGGUGUACAUAUGCAAGAAUGUCAAGGUGGAAAAUUGAAAAACUUUAAAUUAAUCUGAUCAUCAUCUCAACAUUCUCAGAUUAUCAGCAAAACUGGGGAUGCUUGGCUGCUGAUUGCUCUGCACAACCUAUUCGGAAAGCACAUCGAGUUGAAGUUCGUGUGGGAAAUGAAGAGACAGUUCGAGUUCCCGACGGACUCACUCCAAAUCUGUCUGAAUCCUCUGCUGACCGGCCGGACGAACCGGCACUUGGACGUGCCACUUAAAUCGUCGUACGGAGACGUUAAAGAAGUCAGUGAGAUGCUUCAAUAAUUGUAUUAAAAGAAAAUUACACUCUCUCAGUUUAUGUGGCUGUCCAGGGCUGAGCAACGAUCGGCUCGCUCUUUUUGAGGGUCUGUCUUGGCCUGAACUUUCCGAACUAUUGCAAAUAUCCGAUCCAAUUUUUAAGACCAAUUCAAUCAUUAACAGGAGAUAAGCCUACAAAGUUUGAGGCCAAUCGGAAUGUUGCAAGAGGUCCGAAAGUCCAAGACCACACAGAUCAUUGAAAAGCCCGGGCCGAUCAUUGCCCAGUUUAUCGGAAUAGCAUCGAGAUAUUCACUGCGCAAAACUGCUUCUGUUGUCCUUUUUCAAAUAAUUAUUAUGUUCAGGUAAUCGAACUCAUCAGUAGGAAACUGAUCAAGUUGGUACGAGCUCAAGAAAUGCGAGGAGGAGGGUUUCUGAAGUACUGUCUUCUCAAAUCUCGAGGGUUCUUUGAUGAUCAGAUGGACCUGAGUACACUCAACAACUUGAGAAAGUAGGAUUUAUUAUUGAGACUUCUACAAAUCGUUAUUUUCAGCCAAAUGACUGAAAAGUUCUUAUCCGACUUUAGAAGUCAAAUUGAGGGCGGAAAUGCAAUAAUUUUGUCGAAGUAUCUCGUCGAUCAUCUUGGAAAUGGAACCGUCGACCAGCGGGGACUGUUCCUACAGACUGUCUUUCAAAUGAUGCAUUACCAUCAUCCGGAGAACUCCAGACUUGCCACGAAGUUUCUGACGGUUGUGAGAAGAUUGAUGGACUUAGAGGCAUGA